AUGUCAUCUCAAGAGGCGCACCUGUCUCGACCAUCUCAAUCGUGGUUGGGAAAGAUUCAUCCUUACUUCAAGGACCCGGAACAUGUACUAGUACUUAAACUAGACGUUUUAUUACUAGUAUGGGCCUUUAGUGUUAUCGCGGGAUUGCUUAAAGACAUGGACCAGUCGGGAACCACGCAGGCAUACGUAUCCGGUAUGAAAGAGGCACUAUCACUCUAUGGCAAUGAGCUGGUCGAGUUCACCACAUAUUUCUCAAUUGGCUAUGCUAUCUUUCUCGUGCCAGCACAAAUGGUGCAGACACGGGUUCGCCCGUCGCUGUUCCUGCCCCUCUGUGAGAUCAUCUGGGGAGUCCUGACCCUGGUUACCUACAGGGCUCGUAACGCUCAGACAAUCUACGCUUUGAGAUUCUUUCUGGGUGUCUUCGAGUCGAGCUCUUGGCCGGGAAUAGUCAGCUUGAUUUUCAAUUGGUACACGCCUCGGGAACUGGGAAAGCGGGUUGCCAUCUUCGGCGUCAGCGGAGUGGCUGGGAAUAUGUUUUUGGGUAUCCUGCAAGCUGCGUUAUAUAAAAACCUUAAUGGCGUAAAUGGGCUUGAAGGCUGGCAGUGGUUGUUCAUCGUUUCUGGCAUCAUCACAGUCGCUUGGGGAUUUGUUGGACUCUUCGCGAUUCCGGACGCUCCAGGCUAUACACGGGCCCUCUAUCUAUCGAAAGAAGAACGUAUACUCGCUCACGACAGGAUGUCUCACAAUGGCGCCAAAACCGCAGAUCUUGUCUCAUGGAGACUUGUCUACAAGAAAAUCCGACUUCUCAUUGCAAGCCCAAUCGCCUAUCUAUUCCUUGGGGCAUACCUUCAGUUCGCCUGGUCACAACGCGCAAACUCGUACAUUCUGUUGUAUCUCAAGGGUGUCAAAGAUGCUUCUGGGGAGCCAAUGUACUCAACAUACACCGUCAACCUGAUCCCCUUGGGCGGCUAUUCCAUUUCAAUUGUUUGCAACAUCGGACUCAAUGCCUUGAGCGACUGGAAGGAGUGGCGCUGGCAAGUAGCGUGUGGAGCGGCCGGCUUGCAGUUGGUUGCGACAGCGGUUCUAUCAGCGUGGCCAGAUUCUCAUCCUACGAUAUUGGCAUUCUACUUCCUCACUUACGCAACAUCGGCGUGGGGCUAUGCGCUGAUAGCGUGGCUUGCCAUAAUUCUGCGAAAGGAACCAGAAGCACGAUCUAUACUCGUUGCUUUCACGGUGACUUUGGUCUAUGUUGGUCACGCUACGAUACCGCUGAGUGCUUGGAAGACCAGUGACUCUCCCAGAUAUCCCAUCGGCUUUCCCAUGGCUGCUGCAUUCUCUGUCGGGAGCAUAGUUCUAAUGCUUGGAAUGCGUUACUGCAUCCGCAGGUAUGCGGAGAUUCUAGACUACGGCCUUGACUGGAAAGGUAAUCACGGUGAAGUCGCAGUGGAGGAUGCGAGCGAGGUGAUCACGUCCGAAGACAAGUUCCCCAAAAAUGGUGUUCGAUCCCAAUGCUCAACACAGGACUAA